GAAGAGCGGCGGGAGCGGGCAUGGAGCGCGGGGCCGUGCGGGGCCUGGCCGCCCGGCUGGGCCUCACCGAGCCCGCGGCCAUCAGCAAAGCUGAGGAGUAUCUGCGGCUGGCCCAGGUGAAAUGCACCGGGCUCAUGGCUCAAAUGACAGCGACCAGCAGCGCGGUGAUGUGCCUGGACCUCGCAGCUGGCUUCAUGAAACAACCGGUUGACAAAAGCUAUUUUGUUAAACUCUCCGGUUUGAACAAGACAACCUACCAGAGCUCCAUGAAGUCUUUGGAGUGUUUGCUAGAGGUGAACCCCAGACUGGGAAUGAGAGACCUGGCUGUGCAAUUCUGCUGCACAGAGGCAGUGAACACUGCUUCAAAAAUACUGCAGAGGUAUGAAUCCAGCCUCUCAGAAGCACAGCAAAUGGACCUUGAUUUCUCAAAACCCCUUUUUAUAACAGCUGCACUAUUCACUGCAUGCAGGUGUCUGAAGCUAAAAGUGGAUAAAGCUAAAAUGUUGGCUGCAUCUGGGGUGAAAAAAGCAAUAUUUGACCGGCUGUGCCAUCAGCUGGCGAAGAUGAGCCAGCAACUCAGCAAAGAUGAUGUUCCACUGGCUGCAGAGACACCUGAAAGCUUGCAGACCAACCUGGAACACUGUGAGAAUGAAGAUGAAUCUGAAGAUGACGAUGAGGAGACACCACGUAAACGGCCAAAGACUGAAACAAAGCAAGACUAUGAAGAAUGGAAAAAGAAAAUCCUGGAAAAUGCUGCUAAGGCACAACAGACAAGUAGUAGUGUCUCUGUAGUGCCACCUAGUAAUGUAACUGCUGCUUGCUCCUAAUUUUAACUCUCCCUCUGCAGUAGCAAGAGUUCCAGUAGCAUAUGACCAAAGGCUGCCUGGUAGCCAGCUGAUUUUAUUUAUUAGCUAGUUUUUAAGUGUUAUUUUUUAGUAAAUGACACCAGAAUUGAGGUGAUCUUACAGUAAGCCUAAUUGCCAGGCUGGUACCUGAGCAGCUGUGGCAUUAGGUGGAAAAAUAUAUUCAUUUUAUUUGCUGCAAAAAGCAGGUAGCAUUCUAAUGCUCUGUUACAUGUAAAUAAGUUACAUGCCCCUGUGCCCCUGGCUGGAAGUAGUCAGUGAAAAAAGAGGGAGGGAACUAACAGUGCCUUGUUAAACUGCAAAAUCAGCAGAGAAAUUAAAAGACCGAUACUUUUUUACGAUUAAAGAAAUAUUGUCUAGUUACUGUUUUUUACAUAUUUUUAAUGACCUGUAUGGGAUUGAAGUCUCUUGUGUUUGUAAGGGGUCCCAAAUAUUCAAAGAAACAAUAAAGAUGAGGAAAAGCUUUGCAUUACGA